AAGGUCGAGGAAUAAAACGUAUGAAACUGUUUAUGAAAAUUAUUUCCAUUCCAUUCUCUUUUUAAGUUACUGAGUUAGCACAGAGUUUAAACAUUUAGUAUUUAAAAAAUGGCUUCAUACAUUGCAAAAAGUAUUGUAAAAGGGCCUGUCGUCGCUUCGGUAAUAAAUGGACAGCAAUUAAACAGUAUUAGAGCAUUUUCACUCGGCGUUCAAAACAAUCAAAAAAAGACCCUUGCCCCAAAAUCUGGAGAAAGUGUAGUUCUGCUAGAUGGAGUCCGCACCCCAUUUUUAUUGUCUGGAACUGAUUAUAACAAACUUAUGCCCCAUGAAUUAGCCAAACACGCACUUAGUGGUAUACUUAAAAAGACUGGAAUUUCGAAAGAUCUUGUUGAUUAUGUCAUUUACGGAACGGUCAUUCAAGAGGUUAAAACCUCGAAUAUUGCCCGAGAAGCAGCCUUAGCAGCUGGUUACAAUGAGAAUACCCCUGCUCAUACUGUUACAAUGGCGUGCAUCUCGUCAAAUGUUGCCAUAGCUUCAGCCGUUGGUUUGAUUAACAGUGGAGUUUACGACCUGAUAGUCUGUGGAGGGGUAGAAUUCAUGUCCGACAUUCCGAUAAGACACAGUAGAAAAAUGAGGAGCCUAAUGUUAAGGGCAAAUAAAGCAAAAACCUUACAACAGCGAUUGGCCUUACUUGCUUCCAUCCGCCCGGACUACUUUAUACCAGAACUGCCUGCAGUGGCCGAAUUCUCUUCUGGGGAAACUAUGGGCCACUCCGCAGACAGACUGGCAGCUGCCUUUGGGGCUACUAGGAAAGAACAGGAUGAAUUUGCUCUACGCUCUCACACUCUGGCACAACAGGCCUUUGAAAAAGGCUACUUGACAGAUUUGAUCCCGAUUCAGAUACCUGGAGAAACUAAAAUAAUCGACAGAGAUAAUGGCAUUCGUGUUUCGAGUCCUGAGAAAUUGGCUGCUUUGAAGCCUGCUUUUAUUAAACCUCACGGCACCAUUACCGCAGCAAAUGCAUCCUUUUUGACUGACGGUGCAUCAGCUUGCAUAGUUACAACAGAAUCAAAAGCAAAGCAGCUGGGCAUUAAACCAAAAGCCUACCUGAGGAACUUUACGUUUGUUUCACAAGAUCCCAUUGACCAGCUACUUUUGGGUCCUGCUUACGGUACCCCUACAAUUUUGGAAAAGGCAGGCCUAACCAUGAAGGACAUCGAUGUUUGGGAGUUCCAUGAAGCUUUUGCUGGCCAAAUUCUGGCUAAUUUCAAAGCGAUGGAUAGCGAUUUCUUCGCACAGAAGUAUAUGAAAAGAAACGGCAAAGUUGGAGCUCCCGAUUUGAAUAAAUUCAAUAAGUGGGGUGGUUCCCUCUCCAUUGGACAUCCAUUUGCUGCAACGGGUGUGAGGCUUGCAAUGCAUACCGCCAACAGGCUCGUAAGAGAAGACGGACAGUUUGGACUUAUUGCUGCUUGUGCAGCUGGAGGACAGGCUGUAGCCAUGAUUUUGGAAAGACAUCCUGAUGCAACACCAAACUAAUAAGUACACCUUUUAAUCCUUAAAAGCAAAUAUAAUAAUUAGAAAUGUAUGCUACCCCUAAAGAACAAUUUUACAAGCAAAAGUAUUUGAUAUUUAAGGUUUUAUUCAAAUUAUAAAAGAAUAAAAAUACGGUGUCUACCUGUGGCCUUACCCCUAAAACUUUUAUAUUUGCCUGCUUUAUUGUUACUUUGUUGAUUUUUUAUUUAUAAUGUACCCACUUUUUAUUUAAGAAAUAAAUAUUACACGAUAUUUGUAAAAAUUACUUUAUUUGUAUAACCUUAUAACUUAGAAAUAUAUGUAUUCUUUUAUCAAAA